AUGUUCGCAAGAAUGGAGACUCCAAGUCCGUGCAGGCGAGCUCUAGCCCCAUGGCGGAGAGGAAGAGCAAGCUGUCCAGUCUUGGCAGGUUUUUCCGUCCUUGGAAGUGGAAGCGCAAGAAGAAGAGCGAGCGGUUUGAAAAGACGGCUAACGAAAUUGAGCGGAAGAUCUCCAUGCGCACUUCUCGCGAUGAACUCAUCCGCAAAGGCGUCAUCAAGGAGCCAGAAGGGCCUCCCGAACAGCCACCCAGAAUUG